UUUGCCACUUUUAAUUUUACUUUCUCAAAUUUCCUCUUUUCCCCCAAAUUUUGUAAAAAAGCCCUAACUUUCCCCCCUCCAUAUUUCUCUUCACGAUCGAAAACUUCACAUCUCUUUCAUCGCAAGAUUUGGUGUGCUUACGCUCGCAAGCCCCCUUCAUCACAAGCCGCCGUUGAAGACGUUGCGUUUGUCCACCGCUGAAGAUUUGGUGUGUUCGUAGGUUGUCGUUCAGAAUAGGUUCGUCCGCCGCCGCAACAGGUUUCGAUAAGGAGAUGAUAUUGCAUCGUAUGGCACUGGUUUGUGGAACAUCUACCUGCCAUAUGGCUGUCUCAAGGGAUAAGCUCUUUAUUCCUGGUGUAUGGGGACCGUUUUGGUCAGCAAUGAUACCUGAGUAUUGGCUUACUGAAGGUGGUCAGAGUGCUACUGGUGCUCUACUUGAUCACAUAAUUCAAAAUCAUGUUGCCUCUCCUCAUCUUGCAAACCGUGCUGCUUCGCAAAAUAUCUCUGUGUUUGAUAUGUUGAACAAGUUGUUGGAGAAUUUGGUGGUUGAUCUGAAAAGUCCAUUUCUUGCGGCUUUGACCGAAGAUAUACACAUACUUCCUGAUUUUCAUGGAAAUAGGUCUCCUAUUUCGGAUCCAAAAGCAAAAGGAGUGAUCUAUGGGUUAACACUUGACACAAGUGAGCAACAGCUUUCUAUUUUGUACCUUGCCACCGUACAGGCUAUUGCAUAUGGUACACGCCACAUUGUUGAGCACUCCAAUUCCCAUGGGCACAAGGUAUUGUGA